GGAUUGGGAUCGGGGCCAGGAUUGGGAUCGGGAGAGGGAAAGCCACCGCUCCGACGUUGAGGAGGGAAGCGAAUCCAGCGGCGCCGCCUCAGCCCCGUUUGAGGAGUUCCUGAGCGCGACCCCCCGCGCGGGGCCCGUGUGUCGUGCGUGGGGACACGAGAACUUAAAACAAUGAGUCAAGCUGGUGAAGAAAGUUCCAGUGCAACUGAGAACGAGCAACAAUUGACUCCAACAAUUUACAACCGAGACGAAGGAUCCACCGACGUAACAGCGAGUCCUGCAUUUCAGUGUUUAGAUGAGAUAAUUUGGAGGUAUCAGGCUCAGGCAAGCCAAACACCAGCAGAUAUCCCCAGCUCUGUGAUUCUGUGGAGGCUGGUAGCCAGCAAUACAGGUAGAAAUGCACAGGUCAUGGCAUGGCUUCAGCCUGUGUGUACCUGCUGUGUCCUUACAAUUGUUGCAGAAGCAACAGCUGAGAAGAUGGUGCUGCCCUCUCCCUGGAAUAAGGAGCAUCCGAGCUGUGUGCUAUUUUCUGCUGGAAAAAUUACAGACACCAAAGCAGCUGAGCUGAAGGAACAGUAUACCCUGCUGCAUAAGACUGUGAUAAGUUUACAGGAAUCUGAGACCCAGCUGUUGCAGGAAGCCAAACGUCUUAGUGCAGAACUGGAACAACAGCAAGAACUGGAAAAAGCAGAACAAGUCCCCGAAGAAUCUUCCAGUGAAGCUUCCCAAAUAAGGCAACAACUUCUUAGUUGCCAAAGUGAAUACAAUGCUAUUAAAGGAAGAGAGCAUGAAAAUCAGUUGAAGAUAGAAUGUGACGCAGAGAAGAAGAAUGAAGCUCUUAAUGAUGAAAUCAGAGAGUUGAGUAGAACCCUGAAAGCCAUUGAAAAAAGGACUGAAGAGAUUUUACAAGAAAGAGAAGAUGUAAAGAAGGAAUUGGAGAACAACCAAGUUUUGCUAGAAAGCAAUGAACGAGAAUGCAUUAGUUUGACAAAAUUAGUAGAAAUUAACACUGAGAAGGAAUUAGAGAUCCUAUCAGACAGGGAAAUUCUGGAAAACAAUUUAAAUAAAUGUAUCUUGGAGAACAAAAAACAACGUGAUGCUCUCACUCAAAAGCAAACACAGAAGGAGAGAGAACUGAAAAAUUUAAAAGUGCUGGAAGUACAACUGGGUAUGAUUUAUGACUCCUUGGAACGAGACAAGGCACAGCAUAAAAGACUCAAAUCAGAGGUGGAAAUGAAUGCAAAAAUAAAUGAAGCAUUAUUAGAAAGACGACGAGAAGUGCAGGAGGAAAUUGAAAUGAUCAAGAGACGUUUGGCUGAACAGGAAAUGAUCUCAGAUAUGGAUGCCCACAAGUUAGAAGAAUGCAUUGCUAAAGAACGCCUGCUUUUCAAAGAGCAGGAAAAGCGCAGAGAUGAGUUAUCCAAACUUAUACAUCUGACUUCUCUCAGAGCUGAUGAGAGGCAGCUGAAAUCCAGGGAUGUUCAGAAAGCCAAGAUCCAACUCCAAAAUCUUACUAAAGAAGUAAAAAGAAAGAAUGUUGAAAUAAAAGUCUGGAAAAAGAGGAGAAAAGACAUCCAAAACCAACUCCAAGGGUUUGCUAAAAUGUGCGAUUUUAUCCAAAGUGAAAGGGAUAAAUGUAUACAAUUGGUGCGUGGUGCUCAGUGGAAAGCAAGGGAAGCUGGAAACCGGGUAAAAUUCCUAGAAAAUAAAAUAGAAAAUUUAAGGAAUACUGUUUUAGCCAAGGAAAGAACAUUGCAGGAAAAGCGUAUGAAGAUUAAAAAUAACGCAGGAAUAAUAGAGCAUCUCAAAAUGAAUUAUUGCAAAGUUGCACAAGUCAUUCAAGAGACAAAAGAAAAGCAAAAGCAUCUGAAUCUUGAGAGACUGACCACGACAGUCACCCACAUUGAAGAGGACAUUGCCCGGCUAUGUAAAAAAUGCGAAAGGGCUGUUCAGCAACAAAAGGAGAGUUGUCUUCUGCUCAGAGAACGAGAUGAAGAAAUAGGCUUCUUAUAUGAAAAAAUAAACAGGCAAGAGAUGAUAUGUAGAAAUGGAGAUAAUGAGAUGCAAGUUAUGGAUGAAAAGAUCAGUUUUCUGAAGCUGAAGGUAGCUGAGAAAAAGAGAGAGAUUGCAUUGUGUUUCAAAGAGCUCACAGUGAAGAAUGCCCUGAAUGCAGAUCUGGCAACACUUGAGAUAGAGUAUUCCCAGUGCAAGGAAAAGAUUAAACAGAUGGAGGAAAUCUUUAGUGAUGCCACAAAUGAAAGCAGAAGGCAUGAAAUGGGAGGGAAGGACCCAUCUGCACCUGAACUGCUAAAAAAGAUUGAACAGCUGGAAGCAGAGCUGCUCCAAAAGGAGCAGAAGCUGAUGCAGAAGGAAUUUCUUUGCGAGUCCAUUUCCGAAAUGACGGACAGAAUCCGUGUCGAGGCAGAGAACAGGAAGCAGGACAUGCUGCUGUUCACUAAAAGGAUAAAUGAACUGCAGAGGAAGAUAAAGGACAAAACUAAGGAAAGGAGGGCUCUUAUUGCAGAGUUGACCAUGAAGCAAUCACUUGUCGUUCAACUUCAGCAGGAAAUGAAAGAAAAAGAACAAUUUGUGAUGAUUGCUUCAUGGAGGAUAACUCAAGGUCUCCCCCCUCCUAAGGGAACAGAAAAGGAAUGGUUGAAGGUCCUAGGCAGUGAGAAGACACACAAAGCCACAUCUGAAGCCAGAGCUGAAGACGCUGCAGAGAAGGAACAAGAUGCAGUGCCUGGCCAUGCCCACACGACAGCCCAAGGAUGCCCAACCUCCUCUAUCCUGGAUAAGGAACAGAGUCCCCCAUUCCCACGGCCCCACGGUGCUCUGCCUCCUCUCAGACCAAGUGAAUCCAGUUCAGAUCGGGGACAUUUCAGCAAAUCUACUGCACAGCCAUCUGAAACCUCAACAGACAGCACCUGAAGCAGGAGAGGCCAUUUCUGAUUGCUGAAUCCUGAGGGUCAGCAGCAUUUACACUGCACUGAAGGAAUGUUUGUUAGUGUUCAGCCAAAGUCCAUAUUGAAAACCAAGUACUUCUUCAUGCCAAAAGCACAGUUAACUAGUUGGUGAUCCAAAGCCUCUUCUCUUGGCAUCCCAAAUGGAGUGCAGUAUUUAAAGUGUUAAGAAAAGUUAGUGGGUAUCAUGCUAUGCUUUUUUUUUUUUUCCAGGUAAAGUUUUAUUGCAUCUGAAGAUAUGUUGUAAUACAUUUCAUUAAAAAAGAAAAGGCUAGAAAAUCUUCUCCUGUUAUUCAUAUAAUAUGAACAAAGUGGCCACCACUUAUACACCAACAUGGCUUUCUGCAGUCUGGGACUGGAGUUUACACUUCCCAGAGAAAUUCUAAUUAUAUUGAGAAAGACAAUCCAUCCCACUAUGCAGUCACUGAGAAAGCUAAAGUUUCUCUGAUGGCAAGGACAAGGGAGUGACCAUGAACUUGCAGAGUCACUCCCAGGAAACAGAUCUUUUUAUUUCACUGGUAAGGAAGAGGAAGCAUCAGUGGAAACUACUAGGAGAAAAUAUCAGAGGUUAUUAUUCAAAAGCUCCAAAAUAUAUCAAAUUGUUAAGGAGAUUCUCUAGUUUAUUAGGCUGAAAUUUUGUAGAGUUGUUGUAAAAUCCAGUAAAGACUGCAGAAAUCCUGCAUGGCAGAACUUGACAAUUUUCUCUGCAUAGCAAACCACUAUUACCAUUUUAAAUUAAUGUCACAGUUCAGAACUUAAAACAAAAGAACAAACAAUACUGGCUCAGUUACGUACAAAUAAAAGUUGAAAACAAAGGAAAAACAGCCUUCCUAAGCUCCUUUCUGAAGCUGAGGUUUGAACUGUAACACUAGAAGUUGUAAGAAAGAAUUAUGUAAAACUCUGUCCAAGAUACUGUUAAGAUAAAUUUCAAAAGCUUUGUUCUUAUGCUGUAUUGCUUACAAUAUUUUAUACAUAUCUUUAAAAAAACCCAAAACCAACAGACAA